UUGACAAUGUGACAUUGGUAAUUAAUAAUUUGUUGUGAUGACUGAUAAUAACAGUGUGAUUAUACUUUGAGGGUGAACUACCGAUUACAUCGCACGCCGCAAUAUCGCUAUUCGGCAUUCGCUAAUUCGCCAAGUACGUGUGAUUGACGCAAAUGUGAGUAACCGUGUUGGACGCCUAUAUCCUAGUAGUCUAUAAAGUAAAUUGAAAUCGACGUGUCAAUUAUAAAUAUAGGAAUAACGACGAAAACCUGAAACAUUUAAGUUGUAUUUCACACAUUCACACAAUCAUACAACACGUGCGGAAGCGGAAAAAACUGGAGCUCUCGGACAUUUUGGACGCAGUUCCGUGAACGGCAUGAACGACGUUCAUGAUUCGGAAAUUCGGAAUUAUGAAAAAAAUAUUUUGACAAUCCUUUUUAAACUUGAACUACGUUUACUAUUCACCAUUCACAACGUAGGUAGAUACUUUACACUUUCGAAGUGUAUUAAGUUCGUAGGAAAAUUAUGACUGAUGAGUUACCUUACCUGUAAAUUUAGUGUCUAAACAAAACUCACUGUCAUGGACACUUCCGUCGGUUUUUUUAGUAUUUUCCUCGCGUUUUUUUCGAUCGUUUAUUAUUUCGUGAGAACCAGAUCGUUUGGAGGAUUGAUCGCCAACAGCUUGCCCUCGUCGACACCGUUGGUCACCGUCACCAUUCCUCUAGUCCGGCAAUCGGAAGUGCGCUUUGGAUCACCACUGCUUCUGAAUGAUACUAAUGGUAGCAUAUCGGCUAAAAUUGUCAAUAAGCUCCGUGUGUCGGUAAAUCCGUUCACGCCGACUGGCAUCGAGAUAUUGAAAAAUAGAAAGAAACGCUUUCCAAGAUCGAAUAACUGCAACAUCGCCAGUCCUGUGAGCGACGGCAGUGAUGACUUCGGUCAGCUCACCCCACCUGGCAAUAAAUCACCCGUUUCCGCCCAUCCGUCUGUUGUUAGACGUCUAAUGAUCAGUGGCAAAGUGACCAACGUCAGUAUACAUGAAUUGCAGACGUCCCGAUUUCACGAAGAGUUCAAAAUAGACGAGUAUAUCGCCGCCGGUAGUUUCGGCGUUAUAUACAAAUGUACAAAUCUGUUUGAUGGAAUACCAUAUGCCAUUAAAAAAAUCAAACAGAUAACGUACAAGAAUUCGGGGUAUUUGAUUCGUAAAGAGGUGUACGCAAACUCGGCAUUCGGACGACAUCCAAAUUUGGUUUCGUACUUUACGGCAUGGUACGAAAGAGGUCACAUUUAUAUUCAAACAGAAUUCUGUCAUGGCGGUUCCCUGGAAUGCAUGAUUCACGAGUCUGAUCAUGUGUUUUGUGACAAUGCUCUAAGACGAAUGUUGAUGCACGUGUGUAAUGGUCUGGCUCACAUUCAUUCCAAAAAACUUGCUCAUUUGGACAUAAAAUCAGCAAACAUAUUAAUAUGCAAAACCAAUGGGGCAUUGGUGUUUGCUAAUGAUCUAGACGACAUUGAAGAAAUAAUUGACAAAAAUAUUGUUUACAAGAUAGGUGACUUCGGGCAUACAAUAUGUAUUGAAGAUGUCCAAAAUAUUGAAGAUGGAGAUUCUCGUUAUUUACCUAAGGAAUUAUUAUGUAACGAUUAUUCUCAGUUGCAAAAAGUCGAUGUGUUUUCUACUGCACUUACAGUAUACGAGGCUGCAACACGAAAACAUUUACCUAAAAAUGGACCAGAAUGGCAUCGUUUAAGAAAUGGUGAGUUUUUGUUACCCCAAACUCCUUUUUUAAGUACAAGUCUAAAAAAAUUGCUGACAAAAAUGGUUGAUUUAGAUCCGUCUAAUAGGCCUAGCGCUUCUAAAGUCGUAAAUCUUUUGCUCGAUAGAGGAAUGGCAGCUACAAAAGAUCAAGAUAAAAUUGAACCAUUGAAAUUAAGUGCUUAAUUCCUUGCAUCUUGGUUAAUCAAUUUAAAACCACCAGAAAAAAAUUAUCUGAUACAGAAAUAUCUUUAAAGACUGACAGUUAUAGAAAAUUUGAAGACUAUUAAACAGAAAAGAAUACCUAAAUUAAAAAUAUUAAUCUUAUAAAGUUUGAA